AUGACUCUAUACUAUGAGGCCUUUACAGAUCCUUCAUUUAUCACAAGUGAAGACUGGGUUUUAUAAAAUGCUUUAAGUACUUAUUCUGAUUGCUCUGGAACAAGAAUUUUAGGAGGAUACAAUGCCUUCGGAUAUUAAGCUAAGGCUAUGAAAUUACUAUUACUGCCUCCUCAUUAUAUGAUUUACAUAACAAUGUAAUUCUGGAAAAUUGAUUCUUGGGAUGGCGAAAUAUUAUAUAUAUACUUGGAUGGAACUUUAAGUUAUACAGCCUAAUAUAGUAUAAGUGGCGUACAAUAAUGUGGUGCUACUUGGGGUGAUGAAAUGUAUAGUCUAACAAUUACACAGCCUCACGUGUUUUAGUCAGUAGUUAUACUAAUAACAACAAAUCUUAGCUCUCUUCCAAAUGAUGAAUCUUGGGGUUUUAGAGAAUUUAAACUCUAUCUUGAUUUAUGCCCUCCUGGAUGUAAAUCUUGUUAGGCUAAGGAUUCAAUUCUGGAAUGCAGAUCAUGGACUCUCGCCAGUUCAGCAUUUCUAUCAGACCAGUUGCCUACCUUUAAAACAGAAGGAUGGUCAAUAACAAAUGGAAUACAAGAUACUACAGUUUGCUCUAGUAUUCCUAUUUUUGGCGGAUAUGGUAAAUGCGGCGCUUCAUCUGUAAUCACUGGAACUAUUAGUAUGCCUUAGCAUUAUUUGAUUAAAAUUAGAUUUAGGAUUGCAUAUAUGGAUUCCUGGGAUACUGAAAAACUUUACUUUUACGCUGACGGCAAUUUAAUAUUUCAAAAAUCUCAUAAUUAUAACGCAGGUGGAUUUAGAAGUUAUUGUGGUUCUAAUACUUAUGAUGAUUACCUUCCAAAUUAUGAGAUAAUAAUGUUUCACACAAAAGAAAGUUUGGUUAUAACAUUUACUUCAACACUAAACGAAGGGUUUACAAAUGAAUCGCUUGGAAUUAGAGACUUUGAAAUUUUUACAUAUGAUUGGGAGGAUUGCGGUAAUGGAAUGAAAGAAUCACAAGAAUAAUGUGAUGACGGUAAUAUUUAUGCAUUUGAUGGUUGUUUUAAUUGUGAAUAUUCAUGUGUAGAAGGGUGUUCAAAUUGUAUUGAUGGUAUUUGUUUUGAAUGUGAUAUUGGAUGGAUAUUCUAUUCAGAUUUUAAUACGUGUAUUCCAAUUGUAGAUGAUACUUAAUAUUAAAUUUGGGAAGAAUGUGAUGAUACAUUAUAAUAUGAGAUUUGUUUAAAUGGAAAAUUCUUUUGUCCAUCAAAUUGUAAAUCUUGUUAAUUUGGUAUUUGUUUAUAAUGUAAAUUAAAUUAUGAAUUAAUUAAUAAUAGAUGUGAAUCUAUAUGUUAAAAUUAAUUAAUACUUAAUGAUAUAUAAUGUACUGAUUAUAAUCUUCAACCAUUUGAUAAAUGUCAUUAAUGUUAUUAUGAUCUACAACAAGGUUGUUAAUUAUAAUCAAAUGGAUUUUGUAUCCAAUGUUUAAAUGGAUGGAUAUUAGAUAUAAAUUAAAAUAUUUGUAUUCCAAUUUGUGGAGACCUUAUUAUAUUAGGUGAUGAAUAAUGUGAUAUUAAUAAAUAUACUAAAUCAUCAUUUGGUUGUAAUUAAUGUGAAUUUGAUUGUUAAUAUGAAUGUACUGAUUGUUAAUUUGGAAAAUGUUAUGAUUGUAUUCCAGGAUGGAAAUUAAAAAAUUACUAAUGCGAAUCUGAUUGUGGAAAUAAAUCAAUCUAAGGUUAAGAAGAAUGUGAUGAUAUGAAUUCUAUUAGAUUUGAUGGAUGUAAUAAUUGUAGAAAUGAUUGUUAAAGAGAAUGUUCAUAUUGUUAAAAAGGAAUCUGUUUAGAUUGUAUAUAUGGUUGGCAUUUAACUGAUCAUUUCAUUUGUGAAGCUGAAUGUGGAGAUAAUCUAAUUGCUUUGAUUUCAUAUGAAGAAUGCGAAGAUUCUAACUAUGUUUAAUUUGACGGAUGUUAUUAAUGUAAAAUGGAAUGCUGUCAUUAUUGCGAUGUUUGUGUAUAUGGAUAUUGUUAUAAUUGUGAAUAUACAUUUACAUUAAUUGAUUAAUAUUGUAUUCCAGUUUGUGGAGAUGGAUUAGUUACUGUUGGAUAUGAAUAAUGCGAUGAUAUGAAUGAAAUGCCUUAUGAUGGUUGUUAUAAUUGUAAUUACUAAUGUAGAGAACAUUGUAAAUUAUGUAUUAAAGGGAUAUGUUAAGAUAAGUGUUAGUAUGGUUAUGAUGAAGUGGAUUAUGAAUGUUUACCAAGAUGUGGUGAUGGUAUAAUAGUUGAAGAAGAGGAUUGCGAUGAUUAAAAUGAUGAUUUAUCUGAUGGAUGUUAUAAAUGUAAAUUUCAUUGUCCAGAUCAUUGUGAAAUAUGUGAUUAAGGAAAAUGUAAAUUAUGUGAAUAAGGUUUUGAAUUAAAUGUUAUUCUAAAUUAAUGUCUAACAUAUUGUGGUAAUGGCAUGGUUUCCUAAUAAGAAGAAUGUGAUGAUAUGAAUAAAGAGGAUGGAGAUGGUUGUUCAAGAUUUUGUAAGAUUGAAAGCGAUUAUCAAUGUAGAAAUUAAGAAUUAAGUUUUUCAUAAUGUACUUAUUCUAAACAACCAAGAUUCUAUCUUUAGUUUAAAGAAGAAAGAGAUUAAAAAUAAUAUGUUUCAUUAUUAUUCACUUAAUAAGUUAAGUAUUUAAAUUAAGAUUUAUAUUCCAAAUACAUAUAAAUGAAUCUUAUUGAUAUAGACAUUGAUAUCUAUUAAUUGAAUUUGAUUGUUAUUUAAGAACCAGUUGAAUAUCCAAAAAAUGUUGAGUACAUAAUAGAAAUUUAAAUAAAUUAAACUUUAUCUAUUCGUCCUUACUUAGAAGUUACUUUAGAUGAAUAAUUAUAUAAUUCAGAAGAUAAUACACUUUUUAAUUAGUAUGAUAAAAUUUAAUUAAAAUAGCCUAGGUAUAUAGAUGAUUAAAAAUAAGAAGCAGCGGCUACUUUAAAUUAAGCAAAUAAAUAUUUGAUGAAUUCUGUUGGAGGAAUUGGCAUACUUGCUUUUUUCCUCGGAAAUUCAUUUAUUUUUUCAAGUAUUUUGGAAGUUUUACAAUAAUAAUCUUAUUUAAGAUUUAUUAAUGUUGUAUUUCCCUUUAAUUUAUUUAUCUAUUUUGAAGCAAGUAACAUAAUAACUAUGAAACCUAUUUUAUAAUUCUUUAAAAUUGAUUCCUUAAUGGCACCAACAUUUGAUUCAAUAUAUAUAGAAUCUUAUGAAAAACUGAAAUUUUAUGAAAUUAAUGCUGAUCUAUAAACUAACAUUUAAACCUAAGUAUUUCUCAUUAUAAUCUUAAUUAUCAUUUAUUAUUCUUGUGCUUUGCUUAUAAUUAUUAUAGAUGCAAUCAAAUUAGAAUCAUUACUUUUCAUUGGUAAAUAUGGAUAUAAACUACUGAUUUAAGUAAGAAGAUUGUGUUGUAACUAUUAGAAAGAAUUUCGAAAGGAUGGGGUUAAGGCAUUUCUAAUAGCAAAUUGUUGGGAUCUUUUUUUUACUUGCUUUUUGCAAUUGAAAUCAUCACAAUCAUAUACUACAUUUAGAUCCAUAAUUUGUUUACUCUUCGCAUAUCUAAUAUUUUAUGGAUGCUUGUUAAUACUUAGAUAAUAUAUUUAUAAGAAUGAAUUAAUCAAACAAAAUUGUUUUAGUUAUUGGAUUUCAAAAAUGGAUUUAUUUUUCACUUUAAAAAAAUUAAUUUUCAUUUUUAUUUUAGUAUGCUUCCAAAAAAAUGAGUAAAUUCAAACAAUCUUAUUAACAUUUGUAUGUAAUUUAUAUCUCUUUUAUGCAAUCAAAUUCAAACCAGCCAUAAAUCAACAGGACUAUUGCAAUUUACUUAUGAUGGAAGGAAGUGCCUUUAUGUUUACCUUAACAUCCUCUAUGUAUUGGAGUUAGAUGUCUAAUUUAUUUACUUAUGAUACACAAGUGUUAUUGGGUUGGGGACAUAUUGUAUUAUUGCUAUCGGUGUUAAUCAUCAAUCUUCUUUUAUAAAUAAUUACUCUAUUUUAGUAAUUAAAAAUGUACGUAAAAAAAAAAUUAUGGAAAACAGAUUAGAAACAUUUUAUGAACUCAAACCCUUACCCAUUAACUAAUCUGAUGGAAUUCAAAUUGUGA